CGCUCCCGCCCGCACCAUGCUCAAGUGCAUCCCGCUCUGGCGCUGCAACCGGCACGUGGAGUCGGUGGACAAGCGGCACUGCUCGCUGCAGGCCGUGCCAGAGGAGAUCUAUCGGUACAGCCGCAGCCUAGAGGAACUGCUCCUCGACGCCAACCAGCUGCGCGAGCUGCCCAAGCCCUUCUUUAGGCUACUGAACCUGCGCAAGCUGGGCCUGAGCGACAACGAGAUCCAGCGGUUGCCUCCGGAGGUGGCCAACUUCAUGCAGCUGGUGGAGCUGGAUGUGUCCCGGAAUGACAUCCCUGAGAUCCCCGAGAGCAUCAAGUUCUGCAAAGCUCUGGAGAUUGCUGACUUCAGUGGGAACCCCUUGUCUAGGCUCCCUGAAGGCUUCACUCAGCUACGCAGUCUGGCUCACCUGGCGCUGAAUGACGUGUCCCUGCAGGCGCUGCCUGGGGACGUGGGCAACCUUGCCAACCUGGUGACCCUGGAGCUCCGGGAGAAUCUGCUCAAGUCCCUGCCUGCGUCCCUGUCUUUCCUGGUCAAGCUGGAACAGCUGGAUUUGGGAGGCAACGAUCUGGAAGUGCUGCCUGACACCCUGGGAGCCCUGCCCAACCUGCGGGAGCUGUGGCUGGACCGGAACCAGCUAUCGGCCCUGCCCCCGGAGCUUGGGAAUCUGCGGCGCCUGGUGUGCCUGGAUGUGUCUGAGAACCGGCUGGAGGAGCUGCCCGCGGAGCUUGGGGGGCUGGUGCUGCUCACUGACCUGCUGCUCUCACAGAACCUGCUGCAGCGGCUUCCAGACGGCAUUGGUCAGCUGAAGCAGUUGUCCAUCUUGAAGGUGGACCAGAAUCGCCUGUGCGAGGUGACAGAAGCCAUCGGGGACUGUGAGAACCUGUCGGAGCUGAUCCUCACUGAGAACCUGCUGACGGCCCUGCCCCACUCCUUGGGGAAACUGACCAAGCUAACCAACCUCAACGUGGACCGCAACCACCUAGAGGCACUGCCGCCUGAGAUUGGGGGCUGCGUGGCACUCAGCGUCCUCUCUUUGAGGGACAACCGCCUGGCCGUCCUGCCGCCAGAGCUCGCCCACACGGCUGAGCUACACGUGCUGGAUGUGGCGGGCAACCGCCUGCAGAGUCUGCCCUUCGCACUCACGCACCUCAACCUGAAGGCCUUGUGGCUAGCGGAGAACCAGGCGCAGCCCAUGCUUCGGUUCCAGACUGAGGAUGACACCCAGACGGGCGAGAAGGUGCUCACCUGCUACCUGCUGCCACAGCAGCCCCUGCCCAGCCUCGAGGACCCUGGGCUGCAGAGCAGCCCUUCGGAAAGCUGGGGAGAUGCCCCGCUCAGCCGUGUCAGCGUCAUCCAGUUCCUGGAGGCCCCCGUGGGCGACGACGACCCAGAGGAAGCCGCUGCUGAGAAACGGGGCCUGCAGCGUCGGGCUACGCCACACCCCAGCGAGCUCAAGGUGAUGAAGAGGGGUGUGGAGCGCCGGAGCGAAGCCACCUCUUGCAGGCCUGACCCUGUGCCACCCUCGCUCUCUGAGGAGGAGAAGAGGCUGAGCACUGAGUCUGGCCUGAGUGCAGACUCACACCUGUCUGCCGGCACAGCCUCCCAGGGCGAGCCUGAGGGCCCGCUGGCCGAGGAGGAGGGGCUGAGCCAGCAGGAACCCGUGCCAGCCACCCAGGAGGAGAUCAUGGAGGAGACCUACGAGGAGCCCACUGUGCGCUUCGCGGAGGACACGCUGCUCCUGCCCAGGGAGGACGGCGAGAGCGAGGAGGGCCAGCCAGAGGCGCCCUGGCCCCUGCCAGGGGGCAGACAAAGGCUCAUCCGGAAGGACACGCCCCACUACAAGAAGCACUUCAAGAUCUCCAAGCUGCCCCAGCCCGAGGCCGUGGUGGCCCUCCUGCAGGGGACACCGCCAGACAGUGAGGGCCCAGUGGGGGCUGGGAGCUGGCACAACGGCCCCCACAUGUCCUGGGCUCCGCGAGCGGAAGAGGAGGAGGAAGAAGACGAGGCUGAGGAGGAAGAGGAGGGGGAGGCGGCGGUGGCAGCAGAGGAGGAGAAGGCAGUGGCCUCUGCGCCCUCUGUCAAGGGGGUGUCGUUUGACCAGGCCAAUAACCUGCUGAUAGAGCCCGCUCGCAUUGAGGAGGAAGAGCUGACGCUCACCAUCGUGCGGCAGACGGGGGGCCUGGGCAUCAGCAUUGCGGGUGGCAAGGGCUCCACGCCCUACAAGGGAGAUGACGAGGGCAUUUUCAUCUCCCGGGUGUCUGAGGAGGGCCCUGCGGCUCGGGCUGGGGUCCGAGUAGGCGACAAGCUCCUCGAGGUGAACGGCGUGGCCCUGCAGGAAGCGGAGCACCAGCAGGCCGUGGAGGCCCUGCGCGGGGCGGGUGCCACCGUGCACAUGCGGCUAUGGCGGGAGCGCAUGGUGGAGCCUGAGAACGCGGUUACCGUCACAGCCCUGCGGCCUGAGGAUGACUACAGCCCGCGGGAGCGGCGCGGGGGCGGCCUGCGCCUGCCCCUGCUCCCGCCCGAGCCCCCCGGGCCGCCCCGCCAGCGCCACGUGGCCUGUCUCGUGCGCAGUGAAAAGGGGCUGGGUUUCAGCAUUGCAGGCGGGAAAGGCUCCACACCCUACCGGGCCGGUGACGGGGGCAUCUUCAUCUCCCGCAUCGCUGAGGGGGGCGCUGCCCACCGGGCAGGCACCCUGCAGGUUGGCGACCGAGUCCUUUCCAUCAACGGGGUGGACAUGACCGAGGCCAGGCAUGACCACGCCGUCUCCCUGCUGACCGCCGCCUCGCCCACCAUCGCCCUGCUGCUGGAGCGGGAGGCUGGGGGGCCCCUCGCCCCGAGCCCUCCCCCCCACUCCCCCUUGCCCCCCACUGCUGCCCCUGCCGCCCCAGGGGAGCCCGGGCCUCUGAGGCUGCCCCCUGGUCUGCUGGCCGCUGCCCUGGAGGGGCCAUACCCAGUGGAGGAGAUCUGUUUGCCCAGAGCGGGGGGCCCCUUGGGGCUCAGCAUCGUUGGGGGGUCCGACCACUCCAGCCACCCAUUCGGUGUCCAGGAGCCCGGCGUGUUCAUUUCCAAGGUGCUCCCACGGGGCCUGGCUGCACGCAGUGGCCUGCGGGUCGGGGACCGCAUCCUGGCAGUGAACGGGCAGGACGUGCGGGAGGCCACACACCAGGAAGCAGUCAGCGCCCUGCUCCGGCCCUGCCUGGAGCUGGUGCUGCUUGUGCGGAGGGACCCACCGCCCCCGGGCAUGCGGGAGCUCUGCAUCCAGAAGGCCCCCGGGGAGAGGCUGGGCAUCAGCAUCCGUGGGGGCGCCAAAGGCCACGCCGGGAACCCCUGCGACCCCACCGAUGAGGGGAUCUUCAUCUCCAAGGUGAGCCCCUCGGGAGCAGCUGGGCGAGACGGCCGUCUGCGGGUUGGACUGCGGCUGCUCGAGGUGAACCAGCAGAGCCUGCUGGGUCUGACGCAUGGAGAGGCCGUGCAGCUGCUGCGCAGCGUGGGCGACACCCUGACCGUGCUGGUCUGCGACGGCUUCGACACCAGCGCUGCCACCCCCGAGGUGUCCCCAGGCAUCAUCGCCAACCCCUUUGCGGCUGGCCUUGGCCGCCGGAACAGCCUGGAAAGCAUCUCCUCCAUCGACCGGGAGCUGAGCCCCGAGGGCUCCGGCAAGGUCAGAGCCGCCCGCAGCCAGCAGCCCCUGGGCUGGGAGCCUGAGGCCGUCGGCCCCGACCACUGUCUCCUCUGCUCACAGGAGAAGGAGCUGCCCGGACAGAUCCCACUGUGGGGCCCGGAGGCCACGGGUCGGAGCCCAGAGAGCCUGAAGCCAGCCUGCCGAGCCCUGGCCGCCACCCCUGGCGCUGGCAGCAUGCAGAGGGUGCUGCCUGCGGCAAGUGGAGAGAUGGCUGAGGCCCCCUGCUCCCCUGGCCACCAGCAGCCCCCCUCCCCGCCCUCCCCUGCUGAGCUUCCAGCCAACGUGAAGCAGGCCUAUAGGACGUUCGCGGCUGUGCCCGGCCUGCACCCGCCCCUGGACACCCCUGCCCAGCCCCCCACGCCCGGGCCCACGGCCUCGCCGGAGCAGCUGUCCUUUCGCGAGCGGCAGAAGUACUUCGAGCUAGAGGUUCGGGUGCCCCAGGCCGAGGGCCCCCCUAAGCGCGUGUCACUGGUGGGCGCUGACGACCUGCGGAAGAUGCAGGAGGAGGAGGCCCGCAAGCUGCAGCAGAAAAGGGCGCAGAUGCUGCGCGAGGUGGUGGCCGACACGGGGCGCCCGGAAGCCGAUGCUCCCGAGAACGAGGAGCCCGAAGAGGAGCUGCCCUGGGCCGGCCAGGGCCCCACGGCGGAAGGGCUUGGCCCCGCAUCUCCCCCGCCGCAGGGAGGCGGUGCCCCAGUGCGGACUGCCAAGGCCGAGCGGCGCCACCAGGAGCGGCUUCGCGUGCAGAGCCCCGAGCUGCCGGCCCCAGAGCGGGCCUUGUCCCCCGCAGAGCGCCGAGCCCUGGAGGCGGAGAAGCGGGCGCUCUGGAGGGCGGCCAGGAUGAAGUCCCUGGAGCAGGACGCCCUCCGCGCACAGAUGGUCCUCAGCAAGUCCCAGGAGGGCCGAAGCAAGCGGGGGCCUCUGGAGCGCCUCGCCGAGGCCCCCUCACCCGCGCCUACUCCGUCACCCACCCCCUUGGAAGACCUCGGCCCCCAGACCGGCACCUCCCCGGGACGCUUGGCCUUGUCUGGGAGGAAGUUUGACUACAGGGUGUUUGCUGCCCUCCCCUCUUCCAGACCUGUCUAUGACAUGCAGUCCCCAGAUUUCGCUGAGGAGCUGAGGUCCUUGGAACCACGUCCAAGCCCAGGUCUGCCAGAGGAGGACGGAGAGGUGGCCAUGGUGCUUCUGGGCAGGCCCUCUCCAGGCUCCGCGGGUCCCGAGGAGGUAGCCUUAUGCAGCAGCCGCCGGGCCAUGCGGCCAGGGCGCCGAGGCCUGGGCCCAGUGCCCUCCUAGAGGGGCGGGGUGCCUCCCCCGACUUGGGGUGGGGGCCCUGCCAGCGCCAACACCACCCUUGCCCCGAGUCUUUUAACCUGGCCGGUAGCAUUUUAAAGAGGUCCGCUGAGGAGUUCUAGCCACUGACUAACGGCGCCCUCCCCAGCCGGGACCUCCUGGCGAGACUGUAACUAGUGAUGUUUGUACAACCAAAGACUCUAUUUUGUGGUUUAAGGAGAAUAAAAUUGACUA